CACAAGCUGCAGGAUGCGCCAUCAUACCAAGCAGUAUCUUACACAUGGGGUGACACUACCCUUACGAAGGAUAUAGUCUGCGACAACAAGCGACUGCAGGUUACCGAGAACUGUGAACUGGCGCUGAGAGCGCUGAGGUCUACACAAGACACUGUUUGCGUCUGGAUCGAUGCCAUCUGCAUCAACCAGAAGGAUGAUAGGGAAAGGAGUGAGCAAGUUACGAGGAUGGGCGACAUCUAUCACGCAGCGAACCAAGUCAUCAUCCAUCUACCACCCGCAGAUGAUUGUUCUACUUUCACAAUAGAUACCAUCCAUUCGUACGAGCACCUGGACCGCGGCUCGACAGCUUCAGUGCUACAGUCAUAUCAUAGCGACUUCGACCGGUCUGUCGCGCACUGGCAGAGCCUCUUCAGCCGACGAUGGUUCAGUAGAAUGUGGGUCUUGCAAGAGAUCAUCCUGGCGCGUGAA